UACGGCAGGGGGAGCUGCUGGGCCGUCAGAGGGGCCCCAGCCUCUGAGCUGUGUCCUCCCACAGGAAACUACAUCAGCCAGGGGGCAGUGCCAAAAUGCGGCACUGGGAGAGGAGGACAUCAUCAGGCUGGCCCAGGACAAGGAGAUGCAAGUGAACCUGCUGGAGCUGCAGGGACAGGUGUUGCGGCUUGUGGGCGACCACAACGAGGGAUCUUCGUGGCUGAGCCUCACUGACAGCGUGGAGCCUGCACCAGGAGAGGCCAGGGAGGGUUCUCCCCACGACAACCCCACUGCACAGCAGAUCGUGCAGCUGCUUCCUCUGACGCAGGACUCUCCAGGAGCACCGAGGCUUGUACAGCAAUCCCUGCAUGCUAUUCUUCUCACCGUGCCGAGAUCAGGAGAUAAACAUCACCAUCAUCUAAGAGCUGGUCAAGAAAUUUAAAAACAAACAAACAAAAAAAGUUUAGGGGUUAAUCUCCUACACAAUUCAUUUACUUCAUUUGAAUGUUAGUCACUCAUGUUUAUUUGUGUUUCUAACUUUGUUUAAAUUUAUUUGUAAAAAGUUACAGAAGAAUGGGUCUUUCCCUCAUGUUCACUAUGGCAUCCUUUAGCAUUUUUCUUUUUAUUUGAUAACUGUAGGUCAUUAGCAUGCAUAUCGAGUUUGCCCUAUGUGGUGGGAGUUCAAACACACAAAGACCCACUAUAUGCACAAAACGGUUCUUGCUGGUUUGGAAUAGACUGCCAUGUUUUUUUAAUGUUAUUGCAGCAUGUAUGUUCAUUACAGAAUUCGAAUAAAAUUUGCCUAUGUUCUGCUA